AUGCCGUUUAAGCAUGAUUCUGGACAGCCUGACGAGUUCCUCGGAUCAUAUCGAGCCGCACCCCUUAAUCAAGCUGUCGGCCAAAUGAGUGUAUCGAUCGAAAGCAAGGCCAGCUUUCUCCCUUAUCCUCCGUUCUUCAACAGGCCUGGCGUUGGCUUAGGCACAAUCAACUCGGCGCCCAGCCCUGACAUGACGAACCUUUCCAAGCUUCACCCGCAAGUGGCUCCACGCAGCCUCAGCAGCCCCCUUGUCCCGCAUCCUCUUCACUUAAUCUCCCACCUAACACACCGAGGUACUGGCGCUGAGCAUCACAUAAUUCGCAGCAGCAUUCUACGACUGAUUACGCGGCUGCAUCUUUUACGUGAAGAGGCUAGAUAUCGUAGCAGAGAGCAGCGGAUAGACCGUCAUGCCAGACCCGCCGGUUCCAUCGAACUGUGCUACACGUCUGCUUAG